GGCUGCGGCGCCAACCUCGGGCGGGCGGGGCGCCGCCGAGAGCCCCCACUGGCCCAGGGCGACGUCGCUCCGCUGCGCGCUGCUGGAAGCCAAACAGCAGCUGCGGGGAGGCUCGUUCCCGUUGGCGCCUGUGAUUGGCUGCGAUCGAGGGCCCGGACGGCCGGUCAGCCGUCUCGUCGAGCGCCGACUGGCUGGAUUUGCCGUCAGUCAGCGGGAACAGAUUUCUCUCUCUCCAUCGGGUCAACUGACGGAGAGAAAUUUUCGAGAAUUUCCAGGAGGCGAGGCAGUGGCCGCUUUGACUGCUUGCUCCGGAGAUUCGAGACGACGAAGAAGGCAUUCGUAUUUACCGACCAAGAAAGCCCCUCCCACUCCCUCUAUUAGCUAAUUAAAACACUUUUCAGGGACGUAGCCAUCCAGAGACAUUCUGUUAUUGUUCCAUUGACCUUUCCCUCAUCACUGGGUCCUUUGGAGCUGAGUUAUGUCAACAGCUGCCUUAAUUACUUUGGUCAGAAGUGGUGGGAACCAGUUGAGAAGGAGAGUGCUGCUAAGCUCCCGCCUGCUGCAGGAUGACAGACAGGUGACACCCACGUGCAACAGUUCCACUUCAGAGCCUAGGUGUUCUCGGUUUGACCCAGAUGGUAGUGGGCGUCCAGCUACCUGGGACAAUUUUGGGAUCUGGGAUAACCGCAUUGAUGAGCCAAUUCUGCUACCACCCAGCAUUAAGUAUGGCAAGCCAAUUCCCAAAAUCAGCUUGGAAAAUGUGGGCUGUGCCUCACAGAUUGGCAAACGGAAAGAGAAUGAAGAUCGGUUUGACUUUGCUCAGCUAACAGAUGAGGUCCUAUACUUUGCAGUAUAUGAUGGACAUGGUGGACCUGCAGCAGCUGAUUUCUGUCAUACCCACAUGGAGAAAUGUAUUACGGAUUUGCUUCCUAAGGAGAAGAACUUGGAAACUGUAUUGACCUUGGCUUUUCUAGAAAUAGAUAAAGCCUUUUCAAGUCACGCCCGCCUGUCUGCUGAUGCAACUCUUCUGACCUCUGGGACUACUGCAACAGUAGCCCUAUUGCGAGAUGGUAUUGAACUGGUUGUAGCCAGUGUUGGGGACAGCCGGGCUAUUUUGUGUAGAAAAGGAAAACCCAUGAAGCUGACCAUUGACCAUACUCCAGAAAGAAAAGAUGAAAAAGAAAGGAUCAAGAAAUGUGGUGGUUUCGUGGCUUGGAAUAGUUUGGGGCAGCCUCAUGUAAAUGGCAGGCUUGCAAUGACAAGAAGUAUUGGAGAUUUGGAUCUUAAAACCAGUGGUGUCAUAGCAGAACCUGAAACUAAGAGAAUUAAGUUACAUCAUGCUGAUGACAGCUUCCUGGUCCUCACCACAGAUGGAAUUAACUUCAUGGUGAAUAGUCAAGAGAUUUGUGACUUUGUCAAUCAGUGCCACGAUCCCAAGGAAGCAGCCCACGCAGUAACUGAACAGGCAAUACAGUAUGGUACUGAAGAUAACAGUACUGCAGUAGUAGUGCCUUUUGGUGCCUGGGGAAAAUAUAAGAACUCAGAAGUCAACUUCUCAUUCAGCCGAAGCUUUGCCUCCAGUGGACGAUGGGCCUGAUUACCAGCUGGGACUUUGAGUUUCUGUGCAACAGUUUUUCACUGAGCAUGUCAAGAAACUGAUGAGAUCAAAAAAGUCUCCUGUAUCUGGGUGACCCUGUGACUCACUAGAGCAGUGCACAAGUCAGUGUAAACUUAACCAUUUAGUUUUCUCCAUAAAUACUUAUCAUAUUUAUGUUCAGCUGUAGGUGCUCCGUGUAAAUAUGUGUGUAGUGAUGUAACUGUGAGUCUUUAAAUUGAAAGAGCAAGUAAGAAGUGGUUUGGAUACACUUGAUAAGAGACGAGAGUGUUAAAUUAAUAAUUUUUAAGACUCUUAGGCAGCUAUGGUUUUUUUGAUCAUUUUUGUUCUUUAUUCAUUUGAACAUGUUUUGAAGUUCUUCAAAACUAGUCAGUUUUAAUUUUGACAGCUAUUUAAUAUGUGAUCUCCAAGUUAAAAAAAAAUUUCCAGGUUUCCCUAAUUCUAAAAUGCAAGUUUUUAUUUUAAAUAACUGUCCCAACGAAUAAGUAUAGAAACAGUUUUCUGUUACCAUAUUUUGUAUUCUGGACCACUUACUGGUGAAAAUAACCCUGCAAAAGGAAGUAAUUUGGCCAGGCAUGGUAGCUCAUACCUGUAAUCCCAGCACUUUGGGAACCUGAGAUGGGUAGAUCACCUGAGGUCAGGAGUUCCAGACCAGCCUGAUCAUCAUGGUGAACCCCUGUCUCUGCUAAAAAU